GUCUACUUCUGACCUAGGGCAUUCUUCUCCCUUCAGAGCUUCUCUUCUCCGACCAUCUGGGCGACGCUUGGCUUUUCCGAGCCUCUCCAACCAUCUCCUCUGUGCGACGCUUGGCUUCUCGAGCUAGAGAUUCUCCAGCUAGAGCUUCUCCAACCAUCAUCUCUGGGCGAGGCAACCCUUUAGGCCGGCGCUUGGCUUCUCCAGCGAGAGCUUCUCCAACCAUCGUCUCUUGGGAGACGCUCCUCUUCUACAGCCCACAAAAACUACCGUCUUCAACUCCAUGAAGCAGAAGCAGAAUCAGUUCCAAACACCCUUUAAAUAGACGGUAUGAGUCGCAUUCCUGUGAAACUGCAACCCGGGGUUUCUAUUUCGCCGCUAUAUCUGCCCCAGUUCCUCACUGUCUUCCAAUUUCACCCCGCCGGCACUUUCAGGUCAACAUCUAGUGUAUCUCUUGCUUUGGGAAAAUUAACCUUAAAGCCGACUUCAGCAAUGACAGAUGCACCUGGUAGUGUUAAAGAACAGUUAGCUAGAUUAUUUGAAGUAUCGCUUAGAGCAACAUUUCCAGAUGAAUCAGAUGUACAGCCUCUGAUUGCUAUUUGCAACAAUUCCAGAUUUGGAGACUAUCAAUGUAACAAUGCCAUGGGCUUAUGGGCUAAAAUUAGAAGCACAGAUACUAACUUCAAAGGUCCUCAACCUGUUGGACAGGCCAUUAUGCGCAAUCUUCCCCAAUCUGAUAUAAUUGAAAAGUGCAGCAUUGCUGGGCCUGGUUUUGUCAAUAUAGUAUUAUCCAGACAAUGGAUUGCUCAGAGUAUCCAAAAGAUGCUCAUAGAUGGCAUUGAGACAUGGGCUCCAAAGCUUCCUGUCAAAAAGAUAAUUGUUGACUUCUCAUCACCAAACAUAGCUAAGGAGAUGCAUGUUGGCCAUCUAAGAUCUACGAUAAUUGGAGACACCUUGGCUCGUAUGCUCGAGUACUCUAAUGUUGAAGUUCUUAGAAGAAAUCAUGUUGGUGACUGGGGUACACAGUUUGGUAUGCUGAUUACAUUCCUCUUUGAAAAAUUUCCAAACUGGGAAGCUGCUAGUGCUCAAGCCAUUGGUAAUUUAGAGGAAUUUUAUAAGGACUCAAAAAAAAGAUUUGACAGUGAUCCUGUGUUCAAGGAGAGGGCUCAAAGGGCUGUAGUCAGUCUCCAGGGUGGGGACCAUGAUUACAGAAAAGCAUGGUCACAAAUCUGUGAAAUUAGUCGGAAAGAAUUUCAAAAGAUCUAUGAUCGACUUGGAGUACAUUUGGAAGAGAUGGGAGAAAGCUUCUACAAUCCUUUCAUUCCUGAUGUAAUAGAGAUCUUAAAUAAAAAAGGCUUGGUUGAAGAAAGUGAUGGGGCUCGUGUCAUCUUCAUUGAAGGGAAAAGCUAUCCACUUAUUGUUGUAAAGAGCGAUGGGGGUUAUAACUACUCUUCAACUGAUCUUGCUGCCAUUUGGUAUCGACUCAAUGAAGAAAAAGCAGAGUGGAUUAUUUACGUGACUGAUUCUGGCCAGAGAGAACACUUUGAAAUGGUUUUUAUUGCUGCAAAACGUGCAGGCUGGCUUCCGUCUGAUGAAGAGGCAUAUCCCAAAGCUACUCAUGUGGGAUUUGGCAUGGUUUGUGGUGAAGAUGGGAAACGGUUCCGUACUCGAAGUACUGAUGUUGUGAAGUUGACCAAUUUACUCGAUGAAGCCAAGAGCCGGUGUAGAUCUGCUCUCAUUGAAAGAGGCAGAGCAGAUGAGUGGACUGAAGAGGAGCUUGAGAGAACUGCUGAAGCAGUUGGAUAUGGUGCUGUUAAAUAUGCUGACCUGAAAAACAAUAUAUUGACCAAUUACACCUUUAGUUUUGAUCAGAUGCUUAGUGACAAGGGCAAUACUGCUGUAUACCUGCUGUAUGCACAUGCACGGAUCUGUUCAAUCAUCAGGAGGUCAAAAAGAGAUAUAGAUGAUUUGAUACAUAAUGGGACACUAGAUUUAGCUCAUCAAGAUGAGCGCGUGUUGGGACUUCAUUUACUCCAGUUCCCCGAGACCGUUGAAGAAGCUUGCUCAAAUCUCCAGCCAAAUAUAUUGUGCGAGUAUCUCUAUAAACUAUCCGAGGACUUCACAAGAUUCUAUAACAACUGUCAGGUGUUAGGUUCAGCCCAGGAAGAAAGCAGGCUGUUACUAUGUGAAGCAACAUCAGUGGUCAUGAGGAAGUGCUUUCACUUGCUGGGCAUCACCCCCGUUUACAAACUUUGAGUCUAGAUUUGACAACCCAACGCUUUGUAGCUGCUAUCAUAUCACGUUAAAAAGAAUAGAACCCUCGUUUUGCACACUUCCCCUUCUUUUGGAAGGAACAAUGCAUUGAGUAGGUGCACCAGUUGUGUUUCUUGAAGUUGAUUGUUAAAAGAUUAGCUAUUGUUAAAAGAAUUUAAAAUGAUCAUGUGUAUUUACAUAGUACCAUUAAAAAAGACUUGCACUAAGCAAAUGUAGGUUGUUCGAAAAAUAUGUUUUAUGGUAAACAUAACAAUGGAGCUGAGCAUUGCAUGCAUGUUUUAAAUUUGAUCUACAGGCCAG